AUGGUGGACUCCGGCGCCCCCCAUGGUCAGUGUGUGCUGCGCGGGCUGAUGAAGGCUCCUUGCGCCCUCUACUGUUGGCUUUGGGUGGUGCUGCUGAUGGGAGCUGGAUCUCUGCUGCUGCUGUCCACUCUGCAGGAGCUGGGCGAGCCCCGGCCCAGUCCCAACACAGGCUCCCAGUCACUGAUCGCCCCCCGGUGGCCAAUGGACAAGACGGACUGCUCUCCUCAGCCUCCUGCUCCCCAGUCCAGCCCCGCGGUCACCAGACGCCACCGCAAACUUCUCCUGAAGCCGCAGUCUCUCCGACGCAGCGCACACCACGACCUCUCCGCGGCACAACGGUCUCGCCGUGAAACCCUCCAGAACGUGUGCGCGCGCUACCAGCCGCACACCUCCCCCCAGCACCUCACCCAAAGACAAGUGUCCCGCGUGUACGUGGAGGAUCAGCACCGCCUGCUCUACUGCGAGGUCCCCAAAUCCGGCUGCUCCAACUGGAAGCGAGUGCUGAUGGUGUUGAGCGGAAAGGCGCGCAGCACGGCCGACAUCCCGCACGAUAAAGCGCACUACGCCAACAAGUUGCGGAGACUUGAGAGCUACGACCGUGCGAGCAUCGGCGAGCGGCUGGUAGCGUACACCAAGAUGUUGUUUGUGCGCGAACCUUUCGAUCGCCUGGUUUCGGCUUUUCGCGACAAGUUCGAGAGCCCGAAUUCCUACUACCACCCGGUGUUCGGGCGCCCGAUCAUUUCCAGAUACCGCGCCAAUGCCACGCAGGCCGCGCUGCGCACCGGGGAAGGCGUGACGUUCCGGGAGUUUGUGCGGUACUUGUUGGACGUGAAAAGGCCGGUGGGAAUGGACAUCCACUGGGAGCCGGUCGCGCAGUUGUGCAGCCCGUGCCUCAUGCGCUACAACUUCAUCGGGAAGUUUGAAAAUCUGGAAAAAGAAGCAAACUUUUUGUUGAGGAAUAUUGGUGCGCCUCGGAACCUGACCUUUCCAGAUGUUAAGGACAGAAACCCGCUCGCAGAAAGGACUUCGGCUAAAAUAACGCAAGAAUAUUUUUCACAGCUCAAUGCGACGGAAAGACAAAAGGUUUAUGAUUUCUAUUACAUGGAUUACCUCAUGUUUGAUUAUCCCAAACCGUUCAAAGAUCUGUACUGA